UGAGGACAUGCUUGCAUUUCAGCUACCCAUUUCAGUAGCGCGGUUAUAUUCUCGAUUCGCCUGAAUUUGUAAGCUGCGGGAGCGGCCACUUUAAAACAAGAUAACUGCAGUUCUGACCUUGCAUAUAACGCGAUAAUCAAAUGUGACUACCGAUAUCAUAUUGGCGAGCUGCAGACGCCCAGGAACUUUAUGAAGAUUACAAUAAUAUCAUGCUAUUUGACAACCCAUUGGUCACGCAGUGUCGGAUAUUUGUUGUGCUGGUUCUCUGCUGGAGAGGCGCUCCAUCUCCAGCGCUUUCCGCUGGGUGCCCUGAGCGGUGCGUGUGCGACGAACAACUCGUUGUCCAGUGUUCCGGACAGCGACUAUCUACCUUCCCAACCAACCUGCCCCUUGCCACACGGCAGCUAAUUAUUUCCAACAAUAAUAUUGAUGAGCUGCCAGCCCUGCAGCUAAAUUAUUUAUCCGAUUUGGUGUACUUGGACUGUAGCAGCAACUCCAUCAGCGAAAUAUCCGAGUCCACCUUUGGAAAUCUCCGCAAGCUUGUCUACCUGGAUCUGUCUUACAACAUGUUUGCAAAGAUUGAGGACCAGACAUUUGGCCCCCUGGCAAGUUUGGUGAUGCUUCGGUUAACGGACAAUCCUUUGCUAUCAGAGAUACACCCAUCGGCGUUCGUGGAGAACAUUGCGCUCCAAGUGCUUGACCUCAGUCGAAAUAAUUUGACCAUGCUCAAUGUUACUUCGCUGAUAACUCUACCGGCCCUACGAUCGCUCGGUUUAAGCGGAAACCCAUGGAACUGCGCCUGCGAGAUUGAGGAUCUUUGCAUGUGGAUGCAAAUAGACACCUUUAGAUUCCAAGAUGAGGGACAGACGGUGUGUGAGGGCCCUCCGGACCUGCGGGGCCUCCGCCUGGCAGAGCUGGGUCUUCAUCUGCGGACACAGUGCCACCCAAGUUUGGGUCACCAGGACUAUCUGUUCUUCAUAGCUAUAGGCUUUGUCAUUUUUGCAGCCGGCACUGUGAUGGCCUGGCUAGCUGGAGUGGUGAUGGUGCUUUUCGAGCGUUAUGUGAAAAGGGAAGACGGCGAGUUUGAUUCCGAGAGGGAAGAGGUGAAAGAGGAAGGAGGAGGAGGAUGAUCAGAACUUGUGGGAAAUGACAUCUGAAUGAACUAUGCAAGGCCGCCAUAAAGGUAACACUAGCCAGAGACUGGAGAACAACCCACCACUCCGUCCUCCCCCAGGCUGAGGCUACUGAAGCAUCUCCAUCCAUAUGGCUGAUAUAUUGGAAGCUCUAUCCCCGAAUACUGUCUUAUAGGCCUAAUUAGCAAGAGCUCUGAACUGUUGCCCAGGUUGUUAAAUAAGGUUAUUUUCACUGGGGCCUGUAGGACUACAAGACCACAGUAAUAUGCACUUUUUUAGUAUCGUAGAAAACAAUACUGAAAUAGUAUAAGCACAGCAAUCUUUCAACUGUGAUAUGAGUAUGAUAUGAGGUGUUUGAGUGGAUUUAAUACCUUAGAAAUAUUGUCUUCAUCACAGAUAAAAUGUGGUGCUAAUAUGAUAUCACAAUAAACAAAGUAUUCUACCAAUUA